UCUUCUUCGCAUCGCAAUCCUGAAAGCCCCCCCCCAAUCAUCGCCAACACACUUGAGAGUUUUGUUUAUGAGAUAGAGGAGGCGAAUUCUCAUCUGGGUUUUCUUUCGCCGGUAAUUUUUCUCUUCUGAGAUUAGGGUUUUAAUCAUCAAUUUCAACUGAAUCUCCGCUUACAGCUGGCCUAAUUCUAUCACACUUAUUGGGGAAGUUGAAAAAUUUGUAGCACAUAACAGCUAAAUUGUUUUUGGUAGCAAAAUUUGACGAAGGACAUCAUUCCUUUAUAUCCAUGGCUACUAACGAAAAUCUGCCACCAAACGUGAUCAAGCAACUUGCAAAGGAAUUGAAGAGUCUUGACGAAUCCCCUCCUGAAGGCAUUAAAGUUUGCGUGAAUGACGACGACUUUUCAAUCAUAUUUGCUGAUAUUGAAGGGCCAGCUGGCACUCCUUAUGAGAAUGGUGUUUUUCGCAUGAAGUUGUUGUUAUCUCAUGACUUUCCACACUCCCCCCCCAAAGGUUACUUUCUGACUAGGAUUUUCCAUCCAAACAUUGCAAAUAAUGGUGAGAUUUGUGUGAACACGUUAAAAAAAGAUUGGAAUCCAAGUCUUGGAUUACGACAUGUUCUCAUUGUGGUUAGAUGUCUGUUGAUUGAACCAUUUCCAGAAUCAGCCUUAAAUGAACAAGCAGGGAAGAUGCUGCUUGAGAAUUAUGAGGAAUAUGCAAGACAUGCCAGGCUUUAUACCGGAAUACAUGCCAAGCCAAAACCCAAGUUUAAAACAGGAGCUAUUUCUGAGUCUACUACUGCACUGAAUGUUGACCAAUCUAACACCUCAGCACUUAAUGCUGAUCAAAAGAUCACGGCAGGUGGUGCUGCUUUGCCACUGCCAUCCCCAUCCCCAUCCCCAUCCGUACUGGUCCCUUUGACAGUCACUGCAAGAGGACUUGGCCAGGAUCAGCCGGCUGUUGUAGCUGCUGCAGCGGAGACGAGAGUUGGUGGGGCUGCUGCAUCAACUGUAGCAAGUAGUACGACACUGAAGAAGGAAGCUGGCUUGAUAAAAGCACAGGCAGAAAAGAAGAAAAUCGAUGCAAGAAAGAAAAGUCUGAAGAGAUUAUGAAGUUUCCAGGGGAAAAUGGUUGAGCACGCAGUUUGGUGACUUGUCUGUUGUGUGCUUACUGUUGGAUGGGGAGGGGAGGAGGGGGAAGGGGGUCAAAAGAUCAAAGUGUCAAAAUAUGUGGGCUGAGCAGUGUGUGGUGUUGUAAGAAAUACUUGCAUUGGGAAAAAGUUGUGAAUUGAAUUUACGAGUAUUAUUAUGUCUUCAUCUUCAUUUUUACUUUGCACUCCAACAUUACUUCACAUUGUUGUGGCAAGACCAUGGGAUUUACAUUUCAUGUUUGGCAAGGUCUUCAAGACUCGAUUCCUAUAACCUCUAUUUCUCUUCCA